AUGCCACAUCAGCAGUAUGACGAAAAUGGAAAAGCAUUGGAUCCAGAAGGUCACCAUGAUUUUACAAAGAUAGAAAGCAGCGUCCACUUUGAUCCUAAAACCAGACAUGACGAUAUCAAAUCUGGCGGCAGUUCCAGUGGUGAUGGAAAGGGAAAGAAAGCCCAAGGAUUCUACGAUCCUGUGAGGAGCAUCGUGGACACAAAAAAGACCGAUGUGCCCCGAUGA